AUGGAGGAACUACCGAUCCGGCCCGCGGGCAUCCUCAUGCAAGAGGAGUUCAUCACGCCCGAGCACGAGGCCGAGCUCAUCCGCAUCUUCCAGAACGAGCUCGAGUGGCCCGCCCGCUCCGGCCGCCUGUCCCUGCACUACGGCUACACCUUCAGCUACAAGACCUUUGGCGUCGACACCGAGACGCCCUACAAGCCCUUCCCGGAUUGGCUGCGCGCCCUGCUCCCGCCCGCGGAGCCCGCGCCGCCCGACCAGGUCUGCCUGCAGCACUACCCGCCCGGCGCCGGCAUCCCGCCGCACGUCGACACGCACGGCGCCUACGACCAGCUGUACGCGCUGUCGCUGGGCGCGCCCGUGCCGAUGCAGUUCCGCGGCGGGGAGGGCCACGCCGAGACCGUGGACGUCGAGCUGCCGCCGCGCAGCAUGGUGCGGCUCUCGGGCGACGCGCGCCUGCACUGGACGCACUCCAUCCGCGCGCGCAAGACCGAUCCCCUGCCCGGCGGUGGCGGCGGGGUGCGCCCGCGCGGCCACCGCUGGAGCAUCACGUACCGCUGGAUCCGCGAGGGCGGCGAGUGCGAGUGCGGGAACGAGAGGCUGUGCGACACGGCGCAGAAGCGCAAGGGCAUCGAGAAGGAGUACAGGUGGAAGGCGGCGACUGAUGCGGCGACGACUGAUACUCAAGGGGCGGUUUCGACUUGA